AUGUCAUUAGCUAAAAGUGGGAGAUCUCUCAACACAUCGGUUGAAGAGAUGUACCACUUUUUUGGAGCAUCCAUCUUGAUGUCCUGCAUCCCUUACCCACAAAUCCGCAUGUUCUGGUCCACUAACCUGAGAGUCCCUGCCAUUAGUGACACAAUGAGACGCGACCGAUUCUUCAAGCUGAGGAGCCAUCUGAAGGUGGUAAUUGAUGACGACAUUCCUGAAGACAGGAAAACAGACAAAUUCUGGAAGGUGAGGCCUUUCAUGAAUCGCAUACUCAAAGGCUGCCAUGCUCAGGCCCGACCAGAAUCCGUCUCAAUAGAUGAACAGAUGAUACCAUUCACUGGAGGCUGUCCGUUCCGCCAGUAUGUGCCGCUAAAGCCAAAUCCAGUUGGCAUGAAGAAUUUUGUCCUGGCAACAGCAGAUGGCAUCGUUCUCGACUUUGAAGUUUACCAAGGUUCAAAGGAACUGGCUGCACAGGUGCUGGACGCAGAAGGAUUGGGUUUGGGAGCCCUGGUCCUCAAACGCCUGACAAAAACAGUACAUCCUGGUACAAAGGUGUACUGCGAUAGGUUCUUCACCACCACAUCAGCUGCGGAAUCCAUGCUGGAGAAGCAGGUAUACCUAACUGGUACAGUCAUGAAGAACAGGAUCCCAAAAGCAAUGCAGAAGCUUCCAAGUGACAAGAUCAUGAAGCAGCAAGGCAGAGGUACCUCCGCAUCAGUUGUCAGGGGAGAUGGGAAACUGAAUGUUGUGAAAUGGUUUGACAACAAGCCGGUCCUGAUGCUCUCUGCUGUCCACACUAAGGAACCAGAGAAUACCUGCCAGCGGUGGUCCAAGAAGGACAAAUGCUACUUAACCAUCAGACGACCAAAUAUUGUACAGGAGUACAAUGCAAAGAUGGGUGGGGUAGACUUAUCAGACAGAAUGAUGAGCUACUACAGGAUGAGCGUGCGAACAAAGAAGUGGACGAUUCGCAUGCUUAUGCACUUCAUGGAUCUUGCUCUGGCCAACAGCUGGCUGCUGUAUCGCAGUGAUCAUCAAAAACAUGGUACCCCAAGAAAGGCUAUCAUGACGUUCCUCGCGUUCCGCAUGGACGUGGCUCAGGUGUUCCUCAACAAGUGUGAUGUCACGCAUGCAGAGGAAGAGAGUGCAUGCUGUUCACAAUAUGGCCAAAGAUCCCUGGUCACUCCAAUCCCCCACAUCUCAGCACGCACAGCUUCUGCUGCUCAUCUGCCGGAAGUUGCUGAUCUCAAGAACCCGAUGCGUUGCAGACAACAAGGCUGCCAUGGGAAAUCCCGUGUACGCUGUCUGACAUGCAAUGUGAUCCUUUGCCUGCAAAGUCGGCGCAACUGCUAUGAAGCCUUUCACGGAGGCCAGUAG